AUGUUGAGCUCUGUGAAGAUGGAAGCCCACGACAUACCAGAGUGGAAUACUUUCUACAGCGAGGCCAGCGAGAUGUAUUCAUCGCCCAGCAGCAUGAACACUGCCCUGGCAUCGGUGGGCUCUAUGGGGCCCAUCAACAGUUAUAUCAACCUAAACCCGGCGGGCAGUGGAGGUGGCAGCCUGAACAUGGCGUACCCCGGCUCGGGUCUUAGUACAUCCCCGCUGGCCUCCAUGAGCUCGGGCACAGCGCACAUGCCGCUUUCCCCGGUGGCGCCCUCCUUGGGCUCAGGCUCGCUGACCCAGCUGGGUCCGGCCACCGCCCCGGGCUCGCUGUCACACUACGGGAACAUGGGCCAGUCCAUGAGCCAGCUGGCCUACCCGUCGGGCGCCUCCCUGAGCCGCGGCGUGCCCAAGGAAAUCCCGCCCAAACCGUACCGCCGUUCGCUGACCCACGCCAAGCCGCCCUACUCAUACAUCUCGCUUAUCACCAUGGCCAUCCAGCAGAGCGGCAGCAAGAUGCUCACCCUCAAUGAGAUUUACCAGUGGAUCAUGGACUUAUUCCCGUACUACCGGGAGAACCAGCAGCGCUGGCAGAACUCCAUCCGCCACUCACUGUCCUUCAACGACUGCUUCGUCAAGGUGGCCCGCUCGCCCGACAAACCGGGCAAAGGCUCCUACUGGACGCUCCACCCGCAGUCGGGUAACAUGUUCGAGAACGGCUGCUACCUGCGGCGCCAGAAACGUUUCAAAAUUGAUGACAAGCUAGCCAAGAAGGCGGCGAAGGACGGCGGCAAGAGGGGCGAGGCGGCCGGCGAAUGCAGCCCAGCUGGCGGCGGUUCGGACGAAGCUGACUCGGCCCACUCAGACAACUCCCACCCAGGUUCCUCCGACGACCAGUCCCUGCCCCGUGGAACCGCUAACAGCUCCUUGCUAGUACCGCUGGACUGCCCGCCGCCAACUGCCCCCACCGUUGUGCCGCCCUCCUCCUCAGCCUCCAUCUUCCACUCCCAGUCUGCCCACCUCCUUCCCGGCGCCAUGGGGCAGCACAUGGAGCUCCCCAACGACGCCCUUAAGUCCCUGGACCCCCACUACAACUUCAACCACCCCUUUUCCAUCACCAACCUCAUGUCCAACGAGCAGAAGAUGGACCUCAAGUCCUACCAGGACCAGGUGAUGGCGUACAACAGCUACGCCGCCGCCGGAUCACCUGUGGCCGCCAAGCAGAUCUACGAUAGCCCCGGACCGGCUGCCAUGGACUCUGGUGCUUACUACCAGACACUUUACAGCCGCUCUGUGCUCAACGCGUCCUAA